AUGUCUGGAUCUGAUGUUGACCGAAACCUUAAACCUGAUGAAAACUCUGAGGAUGAGAGGAAAACAAAGCUUGGGUCUUUUAAGAAGGCAGCCAACAUGAUUACAAACUCCUUCAAUAAGGGUCGAAGGAACAGCAAGGUAAUGUCUUUCCCUAUGGAGGAUGACAUUGAUGCAGAGGAGCUAAAGGCAGCUCAGGAACUGCGGCAAGCACUUAUCUCGGAAGAACUACUGCCCUCAAAACAUGAUGAUACUCAUAUGAUGCUAAGAUUUCUACGGGCCCGGAAAUUUGACCUUGAGAAAACAAAGCAAAUGUGGUCUGACAUGCUACAAUGGAGGCAGGAAUUUGGUGCUGACACUAUUAUGGAGGACUUUGAGUUCAAGGAAGUUGAUGAAGUCUUGAAAUACUAUCCACAAGGGCAUCAUGGAGUUGAUAAGGAUGGACGGCCGGUCUACAUGGAGAGACUUGGUCAAGUUGAUUCUAACAAACUGAUGCAAGUGACGUCAAUGGAACGUUAUGUGAAGUACCACAUACGGGAGUUUGAGAGGACCUUUGUAUGUAAAUUCCCUGCCUGUUCCAUUUCAGCAAAGAAGCACAUUGAUCAGAGCACCACUAUUCUGGAUGUACAAGGAGUGGGGCUUACAAGCUUAAAUAAAUCUGCAAGGGAACUUAUCCAGCGCCUUCAGAAGGUUGAUGGUGACAAUUAUCCUGAGACCCUGAACCGUAUGUUCAUCAUCAAUGCUGGUUCUGGAUUUAGGCUCUUAUGGAACACUGUCAAAUCUUUCCUUGAUCCCAAGACCACUGCAAAAAUUAACGUUCUUGGAAAUCAAUACCAGAGCAAGUUGCUUGAAAUAAUUGAGGCUAGCGAGCUGCCAGAGUUUUUGGGUGGUACUUGUACUUGUGCUGAUAAGGGUGGCUGUAUGAUAUCAGAUAAGGGCCCAUGGAACGAUCCAGAAAUAAUGAAGAUGGUUCAGAGUUAUCGUGAGGCAAAAAGCAUAAACAACACUCCAUCAGGUGAUAUUGAGGAGAAAGAAGAGAAAGAGGAGAAAAAGGAGAAAGAGGAGAAAGAGGAGAAGACAAUCUCUGAACCGGAGAAGACAAUCUCUGAACCGGAGAAGACACUCUCUGACGAGGAGAAGAUAAUCUCUGAAGAUGAUCAGGCUUGCACAAAUAGAAUGGAUUCUUUCUGCUCAGAAACCUUUUUAGAGGCUGAAAUGCAUGUGGAUCAUCUCUCUUCUGUGCCUGAAGAUCUUUUAACUCCCAGAAUAUGUAAUAGCCCAUAUUUUGAGGCAAUGGACAAGGGAACUGAGAAAGAGGCCGAAAAGCUGAACGCUGCUCUCAACCGACUCAGUGCCUUAGAACAAGAGCUGUCCUCAACCAAGAAGGUUGAGACUCAAAAGGAGGAAAAGCUGAAGGCUGCUCUUGACCGCGUCAAUGCUUUGGAACAAGAGCUGUCAGAAGCCAAGAAAGCACUUGAGGAAGCCCGCCAUAAACAGGAGGAACUUCUAGCCUCGGUUGACAAGGAAAAGAAGUUUUUCAAGUUUGCAUGGUUCUCAGGAGGGAAGAAGUGGAAAUGUCUGCCUAUCUGUGUUGGGCUGUUUGGGAUGACAGGAAUUCUACAUUGCAUUAUUCGUGUUAUAACAGCAGGCAUUGUUGUUGUGCGAGGAGUUCCAAAUUAG